CGAACCAAAUCGGCAGGUUGACUCGGACGGAACGAGGAUCGAUGGCUGCCUGCCCUAAACUUGAUUUUUUCUGUUAUCACUGGCUGCAUUGACUUGCAGUGUUGCACCGCUCGCCAUCUCCUCCCGCUCGAAAAUGUCUUCCAUCGGCACCCUCUACACCAUCGACCGACAAGACUACGGCAAACGCCUCAAGGCGGUCGCCGCAUACGCGGGACUUGCUCUCGACGUUCCGUCAGGAUUCGUCCUCGGCGAGACGAACAAGACGCCUGAGUACCUCGCGAAGUUCUCGCACGGGAAAAUUCCCGCCCUGGAGACGGCGGACGGUUUCAAGCUCUUCGAGACACAAGCUAUUGCGCGCUACCUUGCAUCGCUCGCGCCUAACAGCCUGCUGCAGGGCUCUGACUCGAAGGAGGCUGCACUCGUCGAUCAGUGGACCGCCUUCGCUGACAGCGAGCUCAAUGCACCCGGCCGUGUCGUGUUCCAGCUUGUCAAUGGCGCGUUGGCUCCCUACACCAGACCCAUCCACAACGCAUUCACCGAACGUGUCGAGCGCGCUCUCGGCACUCUUGAGCAACACCUCACCAGCCACACUUUCCUUGUCACCGAGCGCAUUACCCUUGCCGACAUCACCCUCGCCUCCAUCGUCCAGCGCCAGCUGACCUACCUCAUCGACGCACCCUUGCGCGCCAAAUUCCCCAACGUCGUCCGCCACUUCGAGACUGUCGCUAACCAGCCUGCGCUGCUCGCCGCUUUCGGCUCGACAGAGUACGUAGAGAAGGCGAAGCAGUUCACCCCGCCACCCAAGGAGAAGAAGGAGGCGAAGCCCGCCGCGGCGCCCGCGCCCAAGGCUGAGAAGAAGCCCAAAGCGAAGGAGGUCGAGGAGGAGGAGGAGGAUGACCUCGUGCCGGAGGAGCCCAAGGCGAAGAACCCUCUCGACUCCCUCCCCAAGUCGACCUUCAACCUGGAGGACUGGAAGCGUGCGUACUCCAACAAGGAGACGCGCGGUGCCGGUGGUGCGAUCGAGUGGUUCUACGAGAACUACGACCCGGCGGGCUUCUCCGUCUGGCGCGUGGACUUCAAGUACAACAACGAGCUCACGCAAACAUUCAUGUCGUCGAACCAGAUCGGCGGCUUCUUCAACCGCCUGGAGGCGUCACGCAAGUACCUGUUUGGUUCCGUGGGCGUGCUCGGCCAGGCGAACGACUCGGUCAUCAGUGGUGUGCUGAUCGGCCGCGGGCCCGACAUCAAGCCCGUCGUCGACGUCGCCCCCGACUGGGAGUCGUACGAGUACAAGAAGCUUGACAUCUCCAACGCGGAGGACAAGGCGUUUUUCGAGGCGGCGCUCGCAUGGGAUCUCGAGAUUGACGGCAAGAAGUGGGUGGAUGGCAAGAACUUCAAGUAAAUGUAUCCGUAUCUUGUUUGCUGUGUGUUAGAUUGCCACCUUUGCAUUCUCUGUUGUUGUCUUGUUACAUCAUCCCGGGGGUCGUGUUGUGCUGUUGCAGUAUACUCAAAAUGAAAAACAAUGUGAAAGUAUGUCGAACUA